ACCUCCCUUCCCCGAGGCCCCCGAGGGUGCAAAGUGAAAACACACGCAUCACCACCACCACCACCAGCCGCUCCACCACGGCCACAGACAGCCCGAGAGAGGUUGAUGCGCCCCCGAGGAUGCGCCACCGCAGCAGCCGGGAGAGGGAAGAGUGCGAAUCGAUUGCGUCUUUUGUCUGGCCUGGGGCAGACAACGUUGCUCACACUAUCAACAAAACGGCAAAACUAAUUCCACCAUCACCAGCUCGAUCCACCACCCCCCCGCUCGCCUCCUUCGAUUGGUCACAAUCAAUCAACCAACACCACCGAACACGCACGCACACACACGCGGUUACCAAGCGCAUUGGUGAAGGUGUUGUUGUUGUUUUUUGUGUGUGUGCGACAAAGGCGGCACGAUCAAAACAAGAUGAAUCAACGGUGAAACCCCCACCGCAUCCCAUCCCCAUCUUGGCCUGCUUCUCCGAGUGCUGCAUUAUUCGUCCUACCAGGCAGCUUGGUCUUGCCGGCGGAGAAUUUACUUCCAGUUGCCAGUUGGUGGUCGGUGUUGUUGUUUGUUUUGCUUCUAGCGACUUUGGGGCGUUUCGAUUCGUCUCGUUGUUGGUGGUGGAAAGCGCCAUCCAACCUAAGCGGUGUCGAGCUUAAAGGAAACAACCGGACACUGCAAACGUUUUGUUGCCUUGCUUGCGUUUAGGCAUUUGAGCAAAACUCUCCCUCAUCGCCUGCCUUUCUGACAUUGCCGUUCGAUGUGGCUCAGUGUAGUGUCAAGUCAUUGUGAAUUAUAUUGGUGCAGCGUGACCGGUUAGCUUUUCCUGCUCCUUUCGGUCCCGGUCCCGGUCGUCGGCUGUACGUUCGUCGCUUGUACCGCUCCGCAAGCGUAGGCAUCACCGCAUGCGUCAGCAGCAGCAGCACGGGAGCAAAGGAAACAGUGAAACAUCACCACGCGCACCCACCUGACAAACACACCCGCACCAACCCGCAGAGCCGAGGGCAGCCGAGACGUGCCGUGGCAGAGAAAGAGCGUGUGUGUGUGUGUGUGUGUCGGUCUGUUUUUUUGUUGUUGAGAUAUUUAUGGUGCUUCCAAUCCAAGUUCGAACCGAUCGCAAAAACCCGAUAUAAAUAGGUUUGCGCGCGCUACCGGGGACUUUCCGGUGGACGGGGCGGUACAGGAGGACGCACCGGGCAGCCUAGCCGACGCGUGCACCACCGCGAGUGGGAGCAUCAUCCGUUCCUCCGCGCCGAGGACGGUUGUUGCCCCGUCCUCGUUCUCCGGCUUUACCGCACACCGGGGCGGCCAAACCCGCCGGCAGCUGGAGCAGCAGCAGCAGCAGCAGCAGCAACCGGAGCAGCCAGCCGUGCACGACCGGUUACGGCCCGCGCCGCCAAGAAGCAUGUCCGGCACGACGGGCAAGCGCAAGGAGAUCUACAAAUAUCUCGCCCCAUGGCCGCUCUACUCGAUGAACUGGUCGGUGCGGCCGGACAAGCGGUUCCGGCUCGCCCUCGGCAGCUUCGUCGAGGAGUACAACAACAAGGUGCAGAUCAUCAGCCUGGACGAGGACACGAGCGAGUUCAGCGCGAAAAGCACGUUCGAUCAUCCCUAUCCGACGACCAAGAUCAUGUGGAUACCGGACUCGAAGGGCGUGUAUCCGGAUCUGCUCGCGACCAGCGGCGACUACCUGCGGCUGUGGCGGGCCGGUGAGCCCGACACCCGGCUCGAGUGCGUGCUGAACAACAACAAGAACAGUGACUUCUGCGCCCCGCUCACCUCGUUCGACUGGAACGAGGUCGACCUGAACCUGGUCGGCACGUCCUCGAUCGAUACGACCUGCACGAUCUGGGGGCUCGAGACGAGCCAACCGCUCGGGCGCGUCAACCUCGUCUCCGGCCACGUCAAGACGCAGCUGAUCGCGCACGACAAGGAGGUGUACGACAUUGCGUUUUCGCGGGCGGGCGGCGGCCGCGACAUGUUCGCGUCGGUCGGCGCCGACGGCAGCGUGCGCAUGUUCGACCUGCGCCACCUCGAGCACUCGACCAUCAUCUACGAGGAUCCGGCCCACACGCCGCUGCUGCGGCUCGCGUGGAACAAGCAGGACCCGAACUAUCUCGCGACGGUCGCGAUGGACAGCUGCGAGGUGAUCAUACUGGACGUGCGCGUCCCGUGCACCCCGGUCGCCCGGCUCAGCAAUCAUCGCGCGUGCGUGAACGGGAUCGCGUGGGCGCCGCACAGCUCCUGCCACAUCUGCACGGCGGGCGACGACCACCAGGCCCUGAUCUGGGACAUCCAGCAGAUGCCGCGACCGAUCGAGGACCCGAUCCUCGCGUACACCGCGGCCGAGGGCGAGGUCAACCAGAUACAGUGGGGCGCCACCCAACCGGACUGGAUCGCGAUCUGCUACAAAACGGCGUGCGAAAUACUGCGCGUCUAAGGCCGUUCCUCUGUUAGGCCUUUAGCGGUUGUUUUUAUUUUCUACAUUUUUAUUUUAUUUUUUACAAUUUUUUUUUCCAUUGCAAACCCAUUACGCUCAGAGGGUACAGUGGGGCAGCCCAACACCCCUAACACUCGCUAUCCAAUUUAUGCUGUAGGUAGAUUUUUUUUUUUUUGGAUUAGUUUACACUAGAUUAAUUUACAUCCACGCCGCGGUACACACGCGGUGCUGGAACGAAAAUUGUACAUUUGAUUGGUUUGAUGAGUCUAAACCAUUCCUCCCCCCCCCCCCCUCCCCACCCUGUGCGCUACAGCAGGCUCGAACCUGCGCGCACAAACGUGUCACCAUUGUCUGGCUUUGUAGCAUUGAGAGAUUCGAACUUACCUGCUAAUGAUUUUGAAUGCGACUUAUUGUUUGUUGCAAAAGAGUAGCUUUUAUUUACACCAACAACGGCACCAUGCCAUGCACCGCCACAUACUCAAUGCGCGCACCCCUCUACGCAGCAUCAAUACGCAAAAAGACAUGUUUGACACGGAGUGUUCGAACGAACGUAUAGGUUAAGCAGCUUCCUGCGCUAGCUCUGCACACACAGCUGGGCGGGAAAGCAUUCUUUCACGCUUCCACUCCUCCUCAACACACUGCGCUGUAUCAUUUACGCGUCGGAAGGCAAGGGCGAUAGUUCGUAGAGGUGGCUUUACAUACCGCAGUCCCCGGAAUCCUGACGACCGGUGAACCCUUCAAAUGAGCCUAAUUUGAAUAAUCGUGCAACAGUUAGAAUAUGUAAUCCGGUAUGAAAAUUCACUGCACCCUCCCUCCAGAAGGGGGUGUCGUUUCAAUUGUAAUUAUUUUCUUUUUUUUUAUGUACUUACUUAUUGCUUAAAUGGAGAUACUUCUCUAUUGUUGAACACAACCCCUGCAAUCAGGAGUCGUAGCUAAACCUUCCCUUGUAGUGCUAAAAAGGAGAACCUACUGGGCCCCUUCCGGGUUUUCCGGGGUUCUCUCUAGUCCAGGUUUCACUGUGCUACCCCCGCUGCAUAGUUUGUUUAGGUGUAUGUUUAGGAUUUUUUUUUAAAUGUUUUGUCAUACUUUAUUAAAUUGUGCAACUUUUAUCCCAAAACCCCAUGUAUCCUUGCCCGCCCUCUUUUCGUGCUGUAAUACAGCUAGGGAAUAGUUACAAUUACUGAACGGCGCAAAUGCAGCACAGACUACGGUAGACAACGCUCGGAGAACCCAACUGCACACGAGAGGGGUUUGAGCGGGCGAACACCGAAAACAAUCGACCUUUCCACUGUGCUGCUCAUAGGCAGCUAUUAUGUUUUAAAUUAUUUUCCUAAUUUUCGACAAUCGCGUGUCCGGGCAGCACUCCCCGGAACGUUGGUACAAUACCGAGAACGGUUUAACCUGCCGAAUCGCUUCUUUUUUUUUUAACCACUGAGCGACUUUGAGGUUAUUUCAGAACGGCCUGUGUGUUGAUAGUGUUGGAGGAAUACCAAAAACAACAGAAAAAUGCUACGGCUUUUUUCCCCUGCUGAAGCUAUAUACUUUACUCGACGGCCUAGCGAUAGAAAAAUCAAACCGUAAAAGGAAAGCGUGUCCGUUUUGGUUCGAUGCUUCAGAUGUUUCAUCCUUCCUGUGCUGUCCUUGCAGGGCUUUCCAUAUCACUUUCGAAUGUGCACAUCAUUACUCACCGCCUGCAAGAUAUUUUUCCACAGCUGUCACAUAGUGUAUGGACAUCACAAUAAAACUUCAGUUCUUACGCAUGGUUGAUGGGUGGUCCAAUGGUACAGUCGUCAACUCGAACGACUCAAUAACAUGCCCACCAUGGGUUCAAGCCCCGUACGGACCGCGUCCCC